GCCUUUCUCCCUCUCCCUCGCGGCCCCUCGGGUCUUCGCCUGACGACGCUCGUCUCUUAGGCAUUCCGGCGGAAACCGACGUCGUGAGAGGACACGUAUCCGUAGUCUCGUUGCGCGUACACGCUCGUAAAGCUCGCCGUCGCCGUCGUCGUCGUCGUCGUCGUCGCCGCCGUCGUCGCCUCUCUCCUUCGAACUCCGGGAGUUCGGCAGUCGAGUCCGCGAGAGGGUCUCUCCAUUGGAUUAUCCGGGAUUUCCAGGUCCACACAGGCAGAACCAUGAGCACCAAGGAGAAUAACGAGGUCGCCGUCGAGAAGGUGACGGAGAACGACAAGGCAUCCGCGGACGCGAAAUGCGACAUAAAGGGGAUCAAGAGGUCGGCCGAGGAGAAGAACGAAGAGACGAAAAAACAGAAAAAAGAGGAGAACGGUGAUGGAGAGGUAGAAGAAGAAGAAAUCGAAGAGGAAAUUGAAGAGGAGGAGGAAGUAGACGGUGACGGAGAGGAAGAUGAUGACGAUGAUGACAUACCGGAAGGCGAGGAAGAUUUAGAAGAGGGCGAAGAUGAAGAGGAUGAUGAUGCGGAAGGUGAAGUAGAAGGUGAAGUAGAAGACGAAGAGGAGGACGCAUAAUGAAAGAAGGGGGAGAGAUAUGUAACUAAGAAGGGAGGCGUUAGGCACGUGACGUCAUCGUCGAUUUUCGGCAAACUUACUCUCAUAUUGAGUGGUUCGUAAUAAUGUUGAUAUCCAUCGUGCCCAAUCCGUGUUACUGGAUCCUCUCUCUUCCGACCUACAACAAAAAUUACCACCUCACCGGAAUUGUGGUGGGCUGAUACUCAUUAGAUGCAAACGCAAUUCUCUACUUGUCUUGGCUCUUCGCAAUUCUGGUAGUCUAGCCAAUACCAAAUGCUAUUAGGUAGUUUGAAUGAUAAUUAUAUAUUCGUCCUGCGGACUUGAUGGGGGUCGUUCUACUUACUAUCCACAUUCUUAUUUCGAUCGUCCACUCGUUCGUUCGUUCGUUCGCCCGCACGAUUCCCAAGACGAAUCUAUUGUUUUAUCCGAACCACCUAUUAACUGGUAUUUGCCAUCUGGCUUUUCUCGUCGGGACAGUUUUAUAUUGAAAACUUAUUUAAGAUAUAAAAAAAAAACUAUUAUAUUUAAAUAGUUGUAAAAUGGAUAUUUGAAGGUGAUUUUUUUACAUUUAAAAUCAAAUUUACGUUUGUAGUUCGACGAAUGUCUCUCACUCUCAAUGUGUGUGUGAUUGAGUUUUUCUUCUCGAAUCGAAAUGUGUAAUUGCAGUGUCUUCACAGGAGCGCGAGGCUAUCGAACAUAAUUAAGCGAUUCAUACGUAACGGGAAAAUUUAUCGAGUAAAAAUAGGCAUGAAUGGACAUCUCUCGGCAUUCAAUAUGUACACACAAAAAGAAAUCUUAAAAUAUAGAUAUAACGCAUACCGCGCUUCGUGCUCCUGUUUGGUAUAGAGACAGGAAUUAAGAUUAACGCUCGCGUCAGGUAGUGUGGAUGAGUAAUAUGUGACUUUAAUAUUGCAUAAUAAUUAUACAUAGUAUGUAUAAAGUUAUGAAUAAGAAACAUUUUAUUAUUAACGAUAAUAUUAUGUAAACGUAAUGCAGAGAGUUGUUACUUUAGGCUUGGGCAUAGAUAAGGGAGAGCAUCGAACAGUCAACUUGCGAAAUAUAAGGGCACCAUCACCCUUCUCGAUUCAUUUCAACCAACUAUAUAAAUAUAUAUAUAUCAUUUUUGUAGAAGGUAAGAGUUCAAUUAUAUAUACAUAGAUAAAUAUAUAUAUUUAUAACUCCAGAACUGCCGAACAUGACGCGAAAUUACAAAAAAAAAAAUCCGAGCUAUUAUAUUGUGACAAUUAUGUAAUAAGUACUCUUACUCUCCCUAUUCGAAUGUUCUUAUUUGAGCGUAAUUGAAGAACCUUUUUGGUUUUUAUCAUGAUUUUAUCUUGAUUUUACUGUGGACUGCCUGUAGCAAUAAUUCGUUGACUGUUGCAGAGCGAGUCGACGGUAUUUAUUCGUUCUUAUGCAUACAUAAUAUGCUAUAUGGCGUCUUAAGAAUUGUACAUUCAUCAGAUUCGCGUUGAAAGAAAAAAAAAAUAAAGAUAUUUAAUAUUUUUUAUGAUACGAUAAGAUUAACGGCGAUUGAUUCGUCGGUUUAAUGAUUGAAAAAACGACUCUGUGCAAGAAUUGGUGAAUCAUUGCGAUUGGCAUGUCCAUGCCGCUACUUAUUUUCGGGAGACUGUGAGAUAAAAGGGUGAAGAGACAUUGCGGUUAUACCAUGUACAAUAGCAUAAUAAUUAAAUAAAGAUAACGCUAAUUCGAAUGCGAGAAGAUGUCCCACGUUUUAAUGUACAAAUAUUUUCGAAUGAGAUAGUUAAAUAAAACGCAGUUAGAUCAGAGAAAAUGAAUUCGUUCUCAUAAGUAGUGAUAGGUUUUAAUAUCUGAAAUGAAUUGUGUGCGAGAAGACGGCAGGCAGUGUAAGAGCUGCUUCGACCCACGGACUAAAAUCCCGCUAUAUGGAAACCAAGGAGAUGGGGGAUUGGACCGUGUUGUAACGUUGAUACUUACAAGAAAUCCCUUACCGUCGAACGAUGAUGCAGAAAGAAAGAAAACUCGAAUACUCCUCAUAAGUACAUACAUAUGUAAACGCGUCCAACAGCCGCGAUCGAUGUCAAAAAUGUGUGAUGCGUACAGAUCAUUACCAUCUCUGGCAGUCUCUGUUAAUCUACGGUUUUAUACGCUGUUGCUGUAAAAUUAAAAAAAAACAACACGUGUUUGCUUCAAGAUAGUAACUUGACAAAUUUGGCAAAGGACUAUCUUUAAGUACAGGUGCCUGGAGCAAAAUCAGUACUUUAGCGCGUUCACAUAGUAUACUAUAUAUUAUAUAUACUAUAUAAGUAUAAGUUCAUUUAAUUUUAUUAAAUACAAUUAUACCAAGCCCCGUUGGCAACGCACUUUACAGAGAGACUUGCGUCUUGUACUGUGUCAAGCCCUUCCCAAAGUACCGGUAACAAGCAGAGAGCGAGUACGGUACUUCUCUUCGCUCUCCAGUACUCGACGCGAUUCGGAAAAAUUCACUUACUGGUGCUAACGGGUCUUACAAUCAAUCAGGCUGAUCGCCCACACAUACAAUCCGUUACAUCCCUACGUUAGGUAAGCAUGAAAGAAGUUUAAGGCAUCAAAUCUGGUAAUUGACACGAUUUAAACGUAAACGAAGAUCCUAGGCUAAGAAUUUGGUUUGUGUGUUCAUAAGUCUCUUGUUCAAGCUACUUUUGUACAGGAAACCAUCGCAUCACCUCUUUCAACGUGUAACAGCAUAACCGACGCGCCACAGACUCUAUAUAUUUCUGCCCAUUCCAUCUGAACUGAAACUUUCAUUGUAUUUUUAAGUAAAUACAUUUUAGAAAACAA